UUUGAUAGCGAGGUCAAGAAUCCACAAUGUAUAUGGGCCAUUCAUUUGCGGUAUUGUUCGUAAUUAUCCUUGCCUUCGCUCUGCCAACUGAUUGUCGAAGGCCUAAGGGUCGCCCGUUUAACAUAGGUCGAAGAGACAAAUUGAAGUUCCUUCACGUAUCCGACGUCCAUUACACUCCAUUUUACAAUAAAUCCGUGGACGAAAGCAACUGGUGCGACAGCUCAGGAGCCAGUUCUACCGCGGAUUAUGAAGCACCUUAUGGGAGAAUUGGAUGUGAUUCCCCAGCAGCUCUCUGGUUAAUUACUUUAGAUGGCAUGAAGGAGAAAGCACGUGACGCCAAGUUUAUAAUGUUGGCAGGAGACUCAGCUGGCCACGGUCUGACAGACGAUUUUGGUUCACACAAUGUUCUAAACAGCUUGUCCUUUGUCAGCAGCAAAGCCCAUGAAGUAUUUCCGGAAAUUCCGGUUUUUCCUGCUUUUGGCAACAACGAUCUUCCCGGACAUUAUAUACUACCAAAUAACAGCGAUUGGUACAAGACUGUUCUGACUUACUGGGCUCCGCUUAUUUUGUGCGAAAAGUGCCCGGAUCAUGUCCAAAAGCCUACGACUAUGGAGGCACUUGCGAAAACAUUUAUUGAUGGUGGCUAUUACAGCGCAAACAUUGCAGGUAAGACUAUCAUUUGAGACCAAAUUGACUGAGUGAGACUGGGUUUGAAAGCGCUAGGUCGCGUGAGAUUAAAUCUCAUAACCCAAGCCUCGGUUUUCAG